AUGUGUAUUGACUACCAACUUGUGAAUUUGCUCAUCAAGCUAUCCCGCUAUUCUCUACCCCUGAUUGAUGAUCUGUUGGUAGACUUUAUCGCGAUGUGGUUUAUGAGUCUCGGCAUGGCAAGUGGAUUCUGGGCAGUGCGGAUGACUGAACGUGCGAAGUUGAUAUCUGCGUUCGUUUGCCCGUUCGGUCACUAUCAAUGGCUCAGGAUGCUCUGCGUUCGUUUGCCCGUUCGAGCAUCAUCAACAACUGUCUGGGAGUUCCUGGAUCUCGAGCCUCACGAAAUCCUGAAACCUGAAGUGGAUAUGAAGGAUUCGGAGAUUCCAUCGUUGGACAUGACCGUAUUUCGACGCAAAAUCCCGGCUCCGUCACAAAUGGGUCCGGCCUUGGGAAGAAGUUCGUAUUUUGACGAUAUCGCUCAUGGGGCGUCGCCCUUGGACCAACUAUGUGAGGACCUGGACGCGUUAUUAUACAGACUACGAUACUGGAAUAUCUCGGUGAGCUUACCGAAAAGUGAAUUCGGAAAGUUGGCCUUUCCAUUCCUUUCUCAUGAAGUGAGCGCGGACGGAAUCAGGGCCUUGCCGAAGGUUGUCAAAGGCAUAGAGGACUUAUCUUUCCCGUCAACAUACAAGGGAGUACAGGCCUUCUUAGGAAGUCUAAAUCACUACAAUACGUUCAUUGAAGACUUACCAGUAGUUGCCGCUGUUCUCUACGAACCGGACAAAGAGCGUGUACGCGCUGGACGGAACCUGGAAGUCGCAAAUCAGUCUUUCGAGAUACUGAAACGUAAGAUCGUGUCGACCCCGCUGCUGCGACAUCCAGACAGAACCAAGCCUUUCGUGAUUAUUCCGCACGCUAACCCGUGGGCGGCAUGUGCGUACGAUACUGGUAGAGUGUUGAAUGAAUCAGAUCUACGUUACGACAUAGCUGAGAAGGAAGUGCUCGCAAUUUUGCGGAUUCUGGAAGUUUUCAGACCUCUGAUCCAUGGAUCAGAAUUCCCAGUUGUGGUGUAUACGCGCUACUCUGUGCUAAAGCGGUUACUCAAAUCCAUCACUGCAGACGGACGGCAUCUGAAGUGGGGGCUGGAACUAUCGAGAUGGACACUGGAAAUCCAUUGGACUCAGAAAGAUGAGGACGGCCUUGCAGCCAUCCUUGCGUCAGGUAUCACUCCCAGGGAACAUUUAGAUAAAGUUGCAGAAACCGUGAUUCCUGCCAAGGCGCGUCUGAAAGUGAUGCCCCCAGUGAGGCUGGAAAUGUUGGACGCGAGUUAUCAAGGCUAUGUUCUGAGUUUGAUGGCGCUGCGAAGGUUUCUACUCGCCGAGGAAGCUGCGGAUCUGCCCGGGUGGCGGGUAGUGAAAGCUGAAGGACACGUUCUAGAAGGUGUGACGGUCAACGAUGCUGAAUACCAUGGUUUGAUCAUGGGGCUAAAGCUUGCUAUGAAGUAUGAUGUCAAGGAACUUGUGGCAGUCGGUGAUUCUAGAAUCGUCUUCCAACAAGCUCAGGGUCUGAUCAAUUGCAACCAGCCUAAUUUGCAACGACGCUCGGCUGAGUAUGAGGUCUCAGGAAGAAUUUUAUGUCUGUUAAUUCAUGUUAAACGUGAAUUUAACGAAGCAGCUGACUACUUGACCUCUAAGACUCUCGUGCUUGGAGAAUCCUGGGAGCUCGAUGACCCCGAUGAGAUAAAGCCUUCGGAAAUUCCAGGUACCCCUGUGACUGAUGCGGUUCACUCAGACCAAGCUGAACUUGGGACGGGUAACUCCGAUGCCGGAAUACCUGAGUCUUUAGCUGUCACGGCU